AAAAAAAAAAAAAACAAAUCAUGUCGGACAAGUGCGGAAGCUGCGACUGUGCUGACAAGACCCAGUGCGUGAAGAAGGGAACCAGCUACACCUUUGACAUCGUCGAGACUCAGGAGAGCUACAAGGAAGCCAUGGUCAUGGACGUUGGUGCAGAAGAGAACGGGUGCCAAUGCAAGUGUGGCUCUACCUGCAGUUGCGUCAACUGCACUUGCUGCUAAAUUACAAACCAUUUCUCGUUUUAACCUAUUAAUCAAAAUGUAAUAUGAAUAAAACGUUGGCGUGAGCUCAUCUGUUGAGAUCAUAUCUCUCUUAUGACUCUCUAGUAUGGUCUGUGGUGUGUGAUGUAAUCGGUUUAUGGCCCCUUAUCCUCUAAUACAUCAUAU